AUGAUUAGCAUUUUAAAUCAUUUUGUACUUUGAACUUAUAAAAGAGCAUUAUGUUUACACGGCAAAUGAUUCGGCAAACGAUUGAAUAAGAAACUCGGAUUUUUCAUAUGAACAGAAUUAUUCGACGUAAAGAAUGUCUUAAUUGCCGGUGUACAAUGUGGUUCUGUGAUGUGGUUGUUACGUAUUAAUGAAUGAUAAAUCUGAUAAUUUAUAAAAAUUUUGAACAGAAUUUACAGUAGGAAACCUAGAAAAACGCAUAAUGCAUAAUAAUUUAAUUGCUGCCGCCAUCGGUGUAACCGUUGGUGUUAUAAGUGCAGCUAGUAUUUUUAUUUACCGCAAAAUUUUGGCAAAUCAACAAUACAGCACAACAAUUUCCGAUCUAGAUGCUGCCAAUAAAAGAAUUGACGAAUUACAAACAGAAUUAGAAGCUUUAAGGUUACAACUGAGACAACAAAAGAAGAAAAGAAAAAUUUCACGAAAAUUUAACUCUAACGACAGUACUUAUACUGUAGAUAAUGAUACAGAUGUUGAUGUUUUUUCAACAACAACUGAUAUUGGAGAUGAUGAAUUCUACGAUUGUUCUGAUGGUGAAAGUGUUGUUAGCGAUAGUGACUUAAGGCUCUCAGAGGAAUUGAACCAACUGGAUAUAAUACUAAAGGAGAUCGAUGAACAAAUAAACAAUCAAUUUGAUGUCAAGGCUUAUUAUGCAUUACAAACAUUGGUGAAAUCCCAUCCAGACAAUGUAGAAGUAGUAUGGAGAUUUGCAAGAGCUAGUUACCAUUAUGCAGAAGCACAAACUGAUAAAAGUGUUAAAAGGCUUUUCAUUUUUGAAGGAGUCCAACAAUGUGAGAGAGUUCUUGAAAAUCAAAAUGUUAAUCUGUAUAAGUGGUAUGCUAUUCUCAUAGGAUUACAUGGAGAUUAUUUAUCAGUGGCAGACAAAAUAAAGAAUGGUGUUGUUUUUAAGAAAUAUAUAGAAAUGGCUUUGGAAAUACAACCAGAUGAUUUUGAAUUACAUUAUCUCUUAGGAAGAUUCAAAUAUGAAAUUGCUAAUUUAAGUUGGAUUGAAAAAAAGGUAGCAGCAACAUUAUUUGCUAAACUUCCAAGUUCUUCCAUUGAGGAAGCACUCGAAUGUUUUGAAACUGCAGCAAGGCUUGGAAGUACAAAUCCAUAUACGCAGUUGUAUAUUAGUAAAUGUUACAUUGCUUUGAAGAAAUAUACACAUGCAAAUGAUUCGUUAAAAGAAAUUUUAGAAAAACCAAUUGUAACGAUUGAUGAUGAAAAAGUGCAUACAGAAGCAAAUAAAUUCUUCAACAAAUACUCAGGAUAUAAUAUCAAUAAUGGUCCAACACAGCAUCACAGAACUUGGUUGAUAUUGGGUGGAGAAUGGGGUGAAAGGGGUGAAGUAGAGGAAGCCUCUCUAGUAAGAUAGGAGAGAAGCCAAAGAAAACAUUUCAGAACAUUUUAGUUAACAUUAAAUGCUUGAAAGGAGUAAUUCAUUUAAAAUAUUCAUAUGACAAGACAUAAUUUGUGAUGCGUGGACUUUUACGUGGUACUUUAUACUGUACACUAUGGUAUGGGAGCAUAGUGGCUGGUUUUCUAUUUAUCGCUUGCCCUAUGUUACCACUGUUAUUUUUUAGUCCUCCAAAAUUUCGAAAAUGUGGUGAUCUGUUACUUUCUUGUUGGGAACUAUAUU